AUGAUCAUCAUCAAGCACAGCAGCAGCAGCAGUAGCAGCAACAGCAAGAAGAAUGCAGCAGCAGCAGCAAAAAGAAUGCAGCAGCAGCAUCAGCAGCAGCAGCAUCAGCAGCAGCAGCAGCAGCACGAAGAACGCAGCAGCAGCACGAAAACAGCAGGAGCAGCAGCAGGAGGAGCAGCAGCAGGAGGACCAUUAAACUCGCGUCUUCGUCCUCAGCAGCAGCAGCAGCAGCAGCAGCAGCAGGAGAGGCAGCAGCAGCAGCAAAAGAAGGAGAAGUGA